AUGCGCAACUCUGAACGCCUAUACACCUCCCUCAUCUUCCGCGCCAGCCGCAAGUAUGCGAGCUGGGACCCUGAAAUCCCGAUGGAAGUAGGGGAUUAUGGGAUCAUCACUUCUGGAGGCAAGAGGCGCCACUGGAAGUCGGUGUGGACGAGGAAGAGGCGGGCGAACCAGCGUGGGAUUUUCGUCAAAGAGGGCAACGUCUAUACAGACGGUUUUGCGGAGGCGGUGGGGCUGCCUCUUCCCCAAGAGUACGGGGGUGACGACCCCGAGGGUGUGACUUGGGUCACCUCCAAGAGUGCCAGAGAGAUUGACGUCGAGGCCGCUGCGGGAGGACAGACGCCCGUAUUCGCUGAAUGCAAAGCCAAGGCAGCCUUCCGAUUUACGUCCAAAGCAGGUGCGGUGCUCGUCAUGAAGAACGACUCGAUCACCACCCUCCAUCCUGCCGCCAAACUGCGCUUCCUGUUCGAUGAGCCGAGUUUACACGGGAAGGUUAUCGUUUCCGAGGUGCACCGCUGUUCCUCGUACGCGCGAUACGUGUCUUCCGGCAAGACGUCGAGUGUUGCGAUUGGGUUGACGGUUACGAACCCGGAGGCUACGAAGUUGUUUGGGGAUGUGGAGACGGGGGCGGAGACGAGGUGGAUGAAGAGUGUGAGCUCUGGUAAUUUCAAGACCAGGACGAGGAAGGAUGGGAAGAGGGCGUACUACCCGCUGUUCAGACUGGUGUCGCUUGACGAGAAGGGGCUUGCUACUGGCCUUCGUGGAGGCGAGGAAGGGGAGGAGGGUGAUCCACCGCUCCCUGAUGUUCUUCCUCCCUGGAUGGAGGAGGAUGAAGAAACGGACGACACGCUGGUGGAUGCGUCUGAUGAGAGUGAUGCAGAAUCCCAAGCAUCAGACUCGAAGGUUUCUAGUGAUAGGUGA